GGGCUUUCUAGUUGGUGCUAAAGGGAUUUUUGUGUCUUUGGAAAGCGGCUGCUCCACAACGUAGUGCCCGAGCGGAGUAAUAUAUUGUUAUUUAUUGUGUGCUUGUUGCAUGCUUUCUCGUACACAAUCGCAUGUGUGUUGCAGGGUCAAAUUAUCUCCUGGUGCCCAACAACCUAAAAGCAGCACCAACUGAUCAUAAAGCUGCCUUGAUUUCAACAUUGUUGAGAGUUUGGUGUUGCAAGCAAUGCUCAUUGUCCUCAUUGAGCACUUCCACCUUAAGAGUCACUUACAAUGGUGACAUUAUCAUCAGGAGGAUUGGAUCCGAAAUUUUGAAUGUAUGGAAUUGAAAUUUGUCAUCUGUAGAGGGGCAAAAAGGUGCUACUGGUACUAAUGAAGACUCACUAGAUCCGAAAAGUUAACUCUGCCUGUGAAGAAAAUUCCUGGACAUUGGCUGAGAGGGUAAGAAGAGUUAUUGCAAAGGUGGCAGUAACAGAAGAUUGCUUUAAAUAAGCAAGUACUACUAAAAAGAAGGUUUUUGAGUCAUGAUGCAAGAAUCUGGGAUUGAGGCAGCAAGUAACGGUUCAGCCAAUCAGAACGAAGUUCACAGUGGUAAUCACUAUCCAGACAGUAGCACAAGGGAAGGGAGAUCAAACGGCGACUCAUCCUCCAUUGAAGUGACUGCUGCUGAAUUGGUUCAUCUCCAGCAACAACAGGCAUUUCAAGUUGCACGACAGCUCCUGCUGCAGCAACAAGCCAGUGGGUUAAAGUCUCCCAAGGGAAAUGACAAGCAACCAACCUUACAGGUUCCAGUAUCAGUGGCUAUGAUGACACCUCAAGUGAUAACUCACCAGCAAAUGCAACAGAUUUUACAGCAACAAGUACUGACUCCUCAGCAACUCCAGGCUUUGCUUCAGCAGCAACAGGCUAUCAUGCUACAGCAGCAACAGCUUCAGGAGUUUUAUAAGAAACAGCAAGAGCAGUUGCAUCUUCAGCUUCUGCAGCAACAACAUGCUGGGAAACCAACUAAAGAGCAACAACAGCCACUAGCUGCCCACCACUUAGCCCUUCAGCAGCAGCUUCUACAGGUGCAGCAGCUUCAGCAGCAACACAUCAUGACUAUGCAGCGUUGUGGCUUGCUCACUGUGCAGUCCGGACAGCCAGGUCUCUCUCUGCAAACGCUGGCGCAAGGCAUGACUCCAACAGAACUACAGCAGCUAUGGAAAGAAGUCACUGGCGCUCAUACAGUGGAAGAAAGUGUAACCAAAAAUGGCAGUCUCGACCUUUCUACUAGUUCACUUUGCUCUCCCGCUGCACCACCUAAGACCUCACUACCAGUAACCCUGAUGAACGGACAGUCUACGGGUCACACUCCAAAAAGGGAAUGCUUAUCCCAUGAGGAGCACGGAUGCAAUCACCCUUUAUAUGGUCAUGGUGUGUGUAAAUGGCCUGGUUGUGAAGCAGUCUGUGAAGAUUUUGGACAGUUUCUAAAACACCUCAAUAAUGAGCAUGCACUGGAUGACAGAAGUACAGCACAGUGUCGAGUACAGAUGCAGGUUGUACAACAGCUGGAACUUCAGCUUGCAAAAGACAAAGAACGCCUGCAAGCAAUGAUGACACACCUGCACGUGAAGUCAACUGAACCAAAAUCUACUCCUCAGCCUCUGAAUCUGGUAUCGAAUGUCACGUUAUCAAAGACUGUAUCUGAGGCAUCUCCACAGAGUUUACCUCACACCCCUACAACACCAACAACCCCCAUUACCCCCGUCACACAAGGACCCUCUGUUAUUACCCCAACCAGCAUGCAUAGCAUGGGACCCAUCCGGAGACGGUACCCUGACAAGUACAAUGUGCCAAUAUCAUCAGACAUUGCUCAGAAUCAAGAGUUCUACAAGAAUGCAGAUGUUAGACCUCCUUUCACAUAUGCUUCAUUAAUAAGGCAGGCAAUUCUUGAAUCUCCAGAAAAGCAGCUAACACUAAAUGAAAUAUAUAACUGGUUUACACGAAUGUUUGCCUACUUCAGACGCAAUGCAGCUACAUGGAAGAAUGCAGUGCGCCAUAAUCUUAGUCUUCACAAGUGUUUUGUUCGAGUAGAAAAUGUUAAAGGGGCAGUGUGGACAGUGGACGAAGUAGAAUUCCAAAAACGAAGGCCACAAAAGAUCAGUGGCAACCCUUCUAUUAUAAAAAAUAUACAGACCAGCCUUGCAUAUGGAUCACCUCUUAAUGCUGCUUUACAGGACGACCAGAACUGCACACAGUACUCCAGAAGAAGCCUCGCCAACGUUCUAUACAACCUCAACAUGACGUCCCAACUCCUAUACUCAAAGGCUUCAAUGACUGAGAAUAACAUACCUCUAUACACUACUGCUUCCAUGGGAAAUCCCACUGUAGCCACCAUGGUGGGUGCUAUUCAUGAGGAGCUAAAUGGUGCAGUGGAGCAUUCAAAUAGCAAUGAAAGUGACAGCAGUCCAGGACGUUCUCCAUUGCAAACAAUGUAUCCUAUCCAUGUUAAAGAGGAGCCAGUGGACCCAGAAGAAAUGGAAGGACCCCUGUCUUUAGUGACAACAGCAAAUCAUAGUCCAGAGCUCGACAAUGACAGAGAAUUUGAAGAGGAUCCAAGCAAUGAAGACAUGGAAUGAGCACGUUUCUCAUCUUUUCCUGAGAUGAAGAUUCAUAUACGAAAAGAGCUCGUCAGACUUACCUGUGAAAUCUCUCCAUGAUGUGGAAGUUUGGAGGAAUUUUCAGCCCUUUUUGACAAAGUAAUGAGAUGUUUUAAAUGACUUUUAGUGCCAUUAAGAAUCCCAUUGGGGAAUGUUUCUGAUUUUUUUCUACUUUUUGUUGGAAAAAUGGAAUUUGUAUUCUACGUACAUUGGAUGGACUUGUUUGGUACUUGGGAUUUUCCUCUCCUGAAGUCAACAUCAGUGUUGAAAGUUACUGAACUGUACAGUCAUACACACAGACUUUGCAGCAGAUUUUGGACUGCAGUCCUGCCAAGUUGGACUCAUGGGUCUGAUCGAAACUGUUCAUAGUUCAAACUGCAGGUAGAGCUCUUCCCAGAACUUGCAUAUUCAAAUGGAAGACUGAGGCUAACACUGAUUUGCACAGUACUGGAAGUGGAUUAUUCAAAUAUCACUGCCUUUAAUCCACAUUUGUUUCCAUGGGGCAGGGGAGAAGGGAAAUAAUUUGUGAAAAAUAAUUAGCCGAAAUUUUAUUGUGUCACUGUUUGCUUCUGCUGCACCCAAGCAGUUUUAUAAUCGUAGGCCACAGGCCUCUGGAGGACCUCAUUAAGCUCUAUGUUCAGCAGUAGUGGUUGAAUGUUAAAGUCUUUUUUAACCAAUGGGACAAAAUGCCUGACAUCAGUUUGUAACACACAUGGUAGAUUUUCUGUCAUUCAUUCCCCUUAACUUCAUUGCUUUUUUUUUUAAUUUUAUAAAAAGAAAUUAAACCUCAGACCAGCUUUUACUCUGUUUACUGAUACAGCUUUAUUUCAUUUGCUUUCAGUCAGCAAUCAACGGGCCCAACUUUUAAUAUCAACUGGUAGAAUCAAUGUUCCAUGACUCCAGAGAAAGGUUCACUUUUAGGAAGGCUGCAGUAAUGAACCAGGGGACAGAAUGACAGAAAAAAAAAUGAUAUUAGUAACUCGCUCUUGUCUCCUGCAUAAUGUCAUUGAAAGAUUCCUGUUUUUCAGGUUCAGCAAGUAGUAAGGAGACACAGGAGUUGAGUCAAAGAAAGUAGAACACAAAAAAAAGUCUGUACAAAUAAUAAUUCACACUGCAGCUAAGCUUUUCAGUUAAGGUUUAUGUCUAGUGCUGUGUUAAGUAGCUCUAUAGGUAGAAAUUUGUUAUUUCAGCAAAACUUAAACUUCACAAUAGAUGACAAAAUCAAAAGCAAUGUCACUAGAGCUUAUCUUGCAAGCUUAUAGUGAUUCUGAAGCAAACUUUACAUACAGAAAGUAAUUCUGUUAAUAGAAGUCAUUGAAUUAUUUUCCAAAACACUCAACAUCUUUGCUGUUUCAAGACUGCGACUUGGUCACUUUUCUGUCACUCCCCUCUCCCCCAUUGUAUUUAUUUAGGACGAUAUAGUUUGGCAGUUGAAGAAGCUUUCAGAGCUUUAUUUAUUUUUACUUUUUUUUAAAAAAGCCAGAUAAUUUUUUCUGAGAUUACCAAAGAUGAUCUAAAAGGUAAAUUAUAUGUUCUCUGUUUGAUGCUUUAUCUGAUGAAGCCAAAUAUCCUCUUAUUGUUGAUCAAAGGAGGUAGCAGAAUCAAGAGGGGGGAAAUGGCUAAAAAUGGACUGAUGCACAGACAGUAACCUGUGAUGUUUAAGUCUCCUUUUAACAGUGUCUGCAGCAGGCCAAGUGGAUGUUUGAACCAAAGGUAUUAUCUCUGAAAAUUCAGCUUUCUCCUUCCUAUAAUGACCAAGCUUGCUCACUGUAGGAAGAUGUAAUUGGAGACCAAACCAAGGAGCUAUAUCACUGAGGCCACAAAAAAAGGGAGCAUUCCAUCAAGGGAAGGUGAAUGUAGAUCCUUUCUGUGCUGGUAAGAGUAAGUUGAAAAGGUGAAAAUGCAAGAUUCCAAUGGUAAUACAGAGAGAAAAGGAAUAGCUUCCAUGAUGGAACUGGACCACAUAAUAGUGUUUUAGGAUAAUGCUUGUUAUGGAAGCUGUAAUUGAAAGAUGGUGUGCCACUUUUGUUUGGAGACCAAUUUAUUUGUUGUGCCAAGAUAACUUAUUUUUGGUUUGCUUUGGCACACAUCUUCAAAUUUGUUCAGUUUUGUUCCAGCAUUCUUCAUACAAAAGCACUCAUAAGCUUGGUACAAGAGACAUUGCAGAAGUUUUUUUUAAGGUUAAUCCAACUUUCUGUUAAAUGGGCAGUCUGUGGUCUUUUGAAAUAUAUAUUUGUAAUGGCAUUCCAGGCAGCUUCAUGAGGAUGUGCAGGCAGUAGCUAAAUGGGAUCAUGAGAAGAGAUCCCAUGCUUUCAAACUGAGUGGCCUGUUGGUUAACUCUGUAUUUGAGGGAAUAGAAGAUGGUUAGAUUAGUACAUUCUCAGCAUGUGUAGCUAGACAUGACUAAAGUUAACAGCAUGAGAAACUGUUAGUACGCAUACCUCAGUUCAAACUUUUAGGGAAUGAUAAAUAAAACAUUUCACUCAGUUGCACUUAGUUGUAUGUCUUGCAUGUUUAGUCUAAAGACUAGCAAAAUUAGAGCUUGCAUAUCUAGCAGGUGCCACAGCCUUUCAGCAGAAUCAACUCUGAACCUCAGGCUCUUUAUGUACAGGAUUUCAAUGAUCGAACAUUGUCAUCAUAUCCAUUUGGAUAUGUGGUUGCUUCUAAAGGGUGGGGGUUUGUUACAUUGUACAUAAGUAUCCCAAUGUGUUGGUGCAAGCCUUUGUCUUUUUCUGUUUCUUUUUAAACACUGUUCUUUUAAAAACAAGAAAUCUCUGUUAAAUCACAUUUGCUUUUGAGCAACUGCUUUGUAUUGACUAUAUUAAAAGAAAGCUUUGAAAACUACUGUAUGUAUUGAAACUGCAAAUGUUCUGCACAUGUAUUUUACUUAUUAAUCCUUGCUUUAAGAAUAACAGAAGUUAUUUGCCGACAUUGGGGAGAGAAUCCCCUUUUUUUGCUUUAACUGUAGUACAGUUGACAGAAUUUUAAGUUACCAUUGAACGAAGCAUUUUGUACAGUUUUGUUUGUGUUAGGCUGUUUUGAUACUUCCCGCUUACAAAGGUCCAACCACUGCCCUCUGCAGCUGUCUUAAAAGUUUGAAGGAUUUGGAGAAGACAGUUUAAAAAGUCAUUUCUCUUCCUGCUGUCGUGAAUACUUAGCAUGAUGAAUUCCAGGGCCAGUUGCAGUGAAGUAAUGAUUAUUAAAACUGGGGAGUGUCAACCUGUUGAAUAUUUUUUUUUAAAUAAGAACUUUACAAGGUGCCAAGAUGUAAAGAUAAUUUGUUACAUGCUUUUUCUUUAAGAAAAGCGUACAUUAUCAUGAUCGAAGUACCAUGAUUCAGGUAACUUCAAUGUCAGGAAUGAGAGUCACAGCCUUCUAUACUGUCAAAAGCCAGUGAAUAAAAAAAUCUGAUUGUUUCUUAAAGGUUGUUUGGAAAUGGUACAGGACGAGGACAUUGUGUUAUCAUGGUGCUUUGAACGUUAUUGCUGCCAGUUAAGAGAUUAUUGUAGAGGCAUACAGGAACUCAUUCCUUACAUCAGUGUAAUCCAUCAUUCCAUGUCUGUUGAUGCAGACAAUAAAAAAAUUCAUGUGUGUAGUCAGUACUAAUUACUGACAUUAGCAUUCUCAAAUGCAAUAAAAAUGCUGGUUGUUCA